AUGCAGAAACUGCAUCAAAUUAUUAAUCACUUGCUUUUAACAAAUCAUUCGAUUGACAGCAUCGAUAAAAUUAGUGAUAGUAUUCAAAUAAACAAAGACGAUCUGAUUGUGAUAAUUAAGGAUGAUCAAUACAACGAUUAUUUUCAGUUACUACGAAAAAAUACACCAAAGAAUUCAAGUAGUUCAGAUAAAAUAGCACUUACUCUUGAUCUAUAUGCAUGUACACAAUAUGCAAAAGAGUGUAAAAAUGUCGAUUGUCAAUAUCUUCAUUUAUGUCCAUAUAUGGUGAAACCACAGUACGAGAGAUGUACAAAUAAAAGUUGUCAGUUCGAACAUGAUAUUCAGAAAAGUGAACAUAAUCAAGCAAUAGUAGCAAAAAGAGGUUUAAUGCAGUUUCCGGCUAAUAUGUUAAAAGAAAUUGUUCGAGCAUCAAAUAAUCCAGAACGAUCAUUACGUUUAUCAAUCCAUUUUAGACUUCAUUAUUGUUUUUUUGGGUUAAGUCAUCAGUGCACAAAAUUUCAGUGCGAUCAUACAUUGAAUUCAGAAUGUACCGGCUAUUUACGAAGAAAACAAAUCUAUGAUGCAAAUGUAACGGAUAUUCUAGACGCGUUUCGAAAAGUAGCCAAACAACGAAAUUCAAAUUAUUUAGCAACAUUGACUGCAAAUUCGCAUACAACAGCUACCUCAAAAAAAUCGUCAUCUACAAUCUUGUCACAAACAACAACAACAAUAAAUAAUUUGGAAGCUGAAUCACCACAGUCAUCAACAGGUGAUCAUAUUGAAAUCGAAACAGAUGAAGACAGUUACAUAGAGGAUUUAUAUCCGUUGGCUAAUCAAGGUAAAAUUGAAGACAAGUUAUCAACAGCAAUUGGUUGUCCAAUUAAAUUAUGUCUCGCAAAAAGAAUAUCAAACAAAGGAAAACAAAAUCAAUUUGAACUUAAUUUAAAGUCUAUGUAUUGUCCAAUUGAAAAACCAAGUGAUAUUCUCGAUUAUAUACGUUGGCAAAACUCAAGUCAAACAGGAAAACUCAGUUCUUUAUUGAUAUAUGCAAAUAUUCAAGACGCUCAUGAUAACACAAAACAACAAUGUGACAAUGAUCAAUUUUGUUUACUAUGUGUAAGAGUAUUAAACACCAAUAAUCAAUAUAAAAAUGAUCAAAAUGAAUUAAAAAUUACAAAUCCAAAUUUGAUUAUGUUCCAAGAACUAUGGUUGUAUAAAUAUGAUAUAUUCUAA